GAUGGACCAGUGCACCUUGGACUUCUCAGAUUAAAGUCACUAUUGUUUUUUUGUGUGUUUUCCAUUAAUAAAAGCAUUUAUUGAAGAUGUAUAACUUUCAACAUUUACUCCGGCACGCGCCUGAAGCCUUCACGCGGUUGUCACGUGGCGGAAUCGUAGAAAAAUGCGUCAGUUUGCCUUUUAACUUCAGAUUUUGGCAAGUUAGCUCGUCGGCUAAGUUGUCGUCAAGUGUAAUACAUGAAGAUAAAAGCAGAUCCAGGUGUUACACAAGUUCUGCCGGAACCAAGCCGGUCCGGAUCGGCUGUGCAUCCGGGUUCUGGGGGGACACAGCCACCUCAGUGCCUCAGUUGAUCCACAGCGGGGAGCUGGACUUCCUGGUGUUCGACUACCUGAGUGAGAUCACCAUGUCUCUGCUCACCGCUGCCAAGGCCAAGACGCCCAGUCUGGGUUACGCUCCGGACUUCGUGCACAUCGCUCUCGCUCCGUUUAUUCACGACAUCCACCGGAAAGGUAUCCGUGUGGUCAGUAACGCGGGGGGUGUGAACCCUCUGGCCUGCGCUGAGGCAAUACAGGAAGUCAUCAGGAAGGCCGGCCUGGACCUCAAGGUCGCCGUGGUGACCGGUGAUGACCUCAUGCCCCAUAGAAACAGCCUCUCAGAAGUAAAGAUGGCGGAUGAUGGCAGCAGACAACAGUUGCCUAAAACCCUCCACAGUAUGAACGCUUACCUCGGGGCUCUUCCUAUCCGGCGCUGUCUGGACCUCGGGGCCGACAUCGUGGUCACGGGCCGCUGCGUGGACAGCGCCGUGGCUCUGGGGCCGCUCAUGCACAGCUUUAAAUGGGAGAGGACUGACUAUGACCUUCUGGCAGCUGGGAGUCUUGCAGGUCACCUGAUUGAGUGUGGAGCUCAGAGUACAGGUGGAGUCUUCACCGACUGGCACACAGUCCCUGACUGGGACAACAUGGGUUUCCCGGUGGUGGAGUGUUCCAGCGACGGCUCCUUCCUUCUCUCCAAACCGCCCAAAACCGGCGGCCUCGUGUCCUUCGGCACGGUGGCGGAGCAGCUGGUGUACGAGAUCGGCGACCCGCGGCGAUACCUGCUGCCUGACGUCAUCUGCGACUUCAGCCAGGUGGUCAUCCAGGAAGUGCCAGGCGUAGAAGGCGGUGCUGUGAGAGUGACGGGGGCUAAAGGCUCCGCUCCGUCACAUGACUACAAGGUGUGUGCCACCUACAUGGACGGUUUCAGGGCGACAGCAGUUUGUCCGGUCGGAGGUCCGAGAGCAGCAGAAAAGGCCCGACGCACCGCAGACAGCAUCAUCACACGGACGAAGCGUAUGCUGAAGCAGUUACAGUUGGAUGAUUUCAGCUCCGUCAACGUGCAGGUCCUCGGAGCGGAGGACACGUACGGCCCCAACGCUCGCAGACAGGACGGGAGAGAGGUGGUGCUCUGGAUGGCCGUCCACCACAAACAGAAGAAAGCUCUGGAGCUCUUUGCCAGGGAAGUGGCUCCCGCAGGGACCGGCAUGGCUCCCGGACUCACCGGGAUCGUCGGCGGACGCCCCAGAGUGUCUCCGGUCCUCAAGCCCUUCUUCUUCCUGCAGCACAAGGCUCAGCUGAAGGUGCACGUCCACGUGGGUGGAGAGCUGCUGGAGUCUUUCUCAGAGGCGGGGCCAGACACACCUGAGCAGGAAGCCCCUCCCACCUGCACACAGGACCAGCCUGACGCAGGGCUGCCCAGCGGACCCCACAGCUACCGGCUGGAGGAGCUCGCCUACACGCGCAGCGGAGACAAAGGAGACUCGGCUAACGUCGGCGUGAUCGCUCGUCAUCCUCUCUUCUUCCCCUACCUGAAGAAACACCUGACUUCUUCUGUGGUGGAGGAAUACUUCUCCCACCUGCUGCAGCCGGGGGACAGCAGCGUCACACGAUACACUCUGCCAGGGAUCCACGGCCUCAACUUCGUCCUGAAGAGUUCACUGGGAGGGGGAGGGGUGGCGUCUCUACGCAGUGACCCCCAGACGCUCCUGUAAAGUUUUUUACCGCCUCUCUGGAAUCCACAGCACAUCAAAGAAAACACACACAUGCUGCUCAGCACACACACACACACACACACACACACACACACACACACACACACACACACACACACACACACACACACACACACACACACACACAGGAUGUGUACAUUCAAACACAUAAAGGUGGAAACACACAUGUUGGUCUUCACUUUGUGU